UUUAAUAAUUAUUAUGAUUGCAAAGUCGUCCCUGCGUCUGCGCUCGUUGUGAUAAUGUCAUAAUCGGAAUUUUUUUAUUAGUCUAAGACUUUUAUCUAUUGAUUAACUGGGGAUGGAUUGCGCACGGAUGGUAUAAGGCAAUGCAAGCCUCGGGGUUGAAUGAUGACUUUGGAGCUGGAGUAUACGGGCUGGGCAAAGAUUACAGAGAGAGUAUUUCCCUGGAUAGCAUGGCCACGGUGUUCCAUGCGGAAGUAACAGCCAUCCUAAGAUGUGCGGAACUUCUCACGUCGAGAGAAACACUAAAUAGGAAAAUUGUCAUAUGUAAUGACAGCAAAGCAGCUCUGUCGGCACUAGUCAAGACCACCAUUGAAACAUCACUGGUAUGGGACUGCAUGACAAUGCUUGAAGAAUUAAGUAAAAACAACAAGAUAGCCCUGAUGUGGAUAUCUAGACAACAAGGAUUGCAUGGGAACGAGGUGGCGGAUUGCUUGGCUAAAAAAGGCUCUAGCGAGUCCCAGAGCCGGGCAAUCAAGCUCCCGUACUCCAUGGGAAAAGCGAACAUCAAAGGAUGAAAAUGGAACAUCUUUCGAGAUGGAAUAACUACGAGGGAUACCGGUGGUCUAAACUCAUGCUGGAGCAACCAUCAAACAGAAGAACAGACGAACUCCUUUCGUUGAGUAGGUCUUGGCUCAGGGUCGCUGUGGACUUUUAACAGGACAUCCUGCCCUGAAAGCUCACCUGCACAAAAUAAAAGCUAAGGACAACGACGUGUGUCGAUUAUGCGGAGACGGUGGGGAGGACAGUGUGCAUGUACUACUCCCCAGCCCUAACUUGUAAAAGACACAAAUUAUGGGGACGGGUCUUCCUUAGGUCCAAAAAACUUCGGCAAAAAAGACCUAGCAAAUUUAUCCACCGAGCUUCUGAUAAGAUGAUGGGGCUUAGGAUUUUAUCUAAGCUGAGGAAAAGAGUGGGAUGUUAUAAUGAAUAGUCAAAUCUAAAUAACAUUAGGAGCAGAAUUUACUCCACCCAUUAAUCUUUACUACUACUCAAAUAAUUAUAUAUAAUUAUAUAUAAUCAUUUUUUCCCUGGAAUGCAAACGGAAAUGGAACACGUCCUGGAAAAAAUUAUAAUUUCUGACGUAAUAUACGAGCAUGACCGAUUAUCGAUGUUUUUGCUUCGAUUGGCGUAAUCAAGAUCCCGAUAGUGCAUAGAUAUAAUCGUAUAUCGCGUUUUUUCUCGCAAAAAUGCUGAAAAGUGCUUCGCAUUGUUAAUUAUGAUUCGUCAUUGUUAAUA